AGGCGCCGAUUGGUCCCGCCCCGCCCACCGGCGCUGACGCCAUUGGCUGGGGAGAACGCUCGUCAUACAAAGCGCUGGGCGGGGCUUGGACCAGCCUUAAAGGGGCCGCUGCGGGGGGAGUGGCCGCGGGAGCGGGGCGGGGGUCGCGGCACUGGGGGCGGGGGGGUGGGUGUCCCCGGGAUGCCCCGGGGAUGGCGGCGGGGGUGUCCUGGCCCUCUCCCUCCGCCACUCGCCACUACUUCCGGCUCGGCGCCGUGACGCAGGGGCACGCUGGCGCCGCGGGGUUGCGCUCGACGUGACCCGGCACCCGGAAGCGAGGUGCGGCCGCCGGUGCCGCCGCCGUUCCCGUCAUGUGAAGCGGCGGGACCGGCUCCCCCAGGCCGCGAUGGAGCCCACGGCCUCGCAGGUGUUCUGCGGGCGGGUGCUGGGCAUGGUCAACGCCGAGGACGUCAACGCCAUCAUCCUGGCCCAGAAGAACAUGUUGGAUCGGUUUGAGAAGACCAACGAGAUGCUGCUCAACUUCAACAACCUGUCCAGCGUCCGCAUGCAGCAGAUGAGCGAGCGCUUCCUCCACCACACCAAGACGCUGGUGGAGAUGAAGAAGGAUCUGGACGGCAUCUUCCGGAGGAUCCGGACGCUGAAGGGGAAGCUGGCGAAGCAGUACCCGGAUGCCUUCAGCAACAUCCACGAAUCUCCCAUCCUGGAGGACGACGAUGACUUCGACCCCAUCCCGAAGAGCACCACAACCACCAUCGCUACCUCGGAGCAGAGCACGGAGUCCUGCGACACCAGCCCCGACGUCAUCUCCCCCACCACGAGCCAGGAUUUUGAGGAUUUAUCCCAAGGCCAGUACGAUUUACCGGCCGUGAACGGACAGAGUCUCACAGACGAGGACACGGCCAAUGGCCUGGACUAGGCUGCGGGUCCUGCGCCCUGGAGAACUUUCUAUGCUGUGUUUAUAGCAGUGUCUCUCUUUUUUUGGGAAGAGGGGAGCGAAGGCGGGUGACGGAGGGUGUCACCCCGCCUCCAACCCACCGCCGUAGUGUAACCCUGUGCCUCACGUCGGGGUAGAGCAGUAAAACGUGGCUUUCAAACGC